CAUUUUCAUUUUACUUGGCGCUUUUGUUUUGCCAUUCACACACGGACGGACGCAAACGUGCGGCAGUCUCAACGCGGUUUCUCUUUCGGCCACAUUCUGUGUACAAUUUAUACAUGUAUUUUGUUUGUGAUUUAACCGGUGGCAUCCUUUGGUGACGUCGGCGCCACAGUCCCAAUUGUGGACGCCAUUGGGCGCGUGUUUCAGUUAACAGCUGCAUUUCGCAUAUUUCAUUGAUAUUUAUGUUAAAUUCGCUGUUAAUAGCAAAAACUGUAAAUAUAAUAGCGAUGCGCGUGUGUGCGCCUGUGUGUGCCUGUGCCUGUGUGUCGUGUACGUGUACGUGUGUGCGUGAGUAUGUUUAGUGCGCAGGCUAAUCAGCACAUGUGUGCCCAUUGUGUAAGCAUUGCAAGGUUGCCACCUGCCACUUAUUUAUCGUGCAUUUAUCGUAAUCGCUCGUAUCGUAUCGAUAACAAAAACGCGCGCGCGUUAUAUAAUUACCGUUAUCUGUUUGUGUUGCAUGUUCAAAUUUGAUACGCAUUUAUAUAAGCAUGGAAAUAUGUUUGUCAUCGUUGCGUGCACGUUUUAUGUUCACCACACUGAAAAGCGAUCGCUAUAAAUAUUAAUAUGCGCAAACAUCUGCGAUCAGUAUACAAAAUCACCACACGCUGCUUAGAUGUGCGUAAGGCGUACAGUUCCAGACGUAUGAACGAGAUUAAGGUGCGCCUUGCCCCGGGUCCGCCCAUGCCCAAGACCCUGAAGCCAACGAUCGCCUGCAAUGGCUGGCCAAAGAGACGCGACGACGAACGGAGGCCGUCUUUUGCGGAUCUGGUAUUCUAUCCGGACGGACGCCCAGCUAUGCCCAACGACCAGGAUGCCAACAGUAUUGCACGCGAGAAUGCAGACUACAAUGCAGCGAUUGAAACGCUGACCAAGCUACAGGGAAACGGAGACAGCAUACGAAACUCCAUUUCUGACAAGAAGCUGAAUUCGUUGGUGCACACGCUCAAGUAUCUGGAGCGCAGCGGACUCACAUUGGAGGAUGUGGAGAAGCUAUCAGUGAUACAUGUGGCGGGCACCAAGGGCAAGGGCUCGACGUGCGCGCUGACCGAAUCGAUAUUGCGACAAUAUGGGGCACGUACUGGAUUCUUCAGUUCGCCGCAUCUGGCAACGACCAAUGAGCGCAUCCGGAUCAAUGGGGAUCCGCUGCCCAAGGAUAAGUUCACCAAGUAUUUUUGGCUCGUUUACAAUCGGAUGCUGGUGCAGCGCGAGCAUGAGAAGGAUAUGCCGGCAUUCUUUAUGUUCCUGACCAUUGUCGGCUUUCAUGUGUUCAUUGCGGAGCGCGUGGAUGUGGUCGUGCUCGAGGUGGGCCUCGGCGGCGAGCUGGACUGCACGAACAUAUUGCGGAAUGUGCGCACGGCGGGCAUCACAUCGCUGGCAUUGGAGCAUACGGCCCUGUUGGGCAACACGCUGCGCCAGAUUGCCUGGCAGAAGGCGGGCAUCAUAAAGCCGGGCGCCCAUGUCUAUACGCACGUAACACAGCCGGAAUGCUUGCAGGUGAUCUAUGAGCGCGCCGCCGAGCGCCGCGCCCAGGUCUUUCAGGUGCCCAGCACGGACGCGUAUCUACAAAAUGCGGACGGCUUGAAUGAGUAUGUGCGCCUGAAUGCCUCGCUGGCCAUCCAGUUGACGUACGACUGGCUGCGCCAGACGACGGGUCGACUGCAUCGGGAUUAUCCGAUCAAUGAGCGGCACAUCACCAGCGAGGUGCUGCGCGGCCUGAACGCGGCCAAUUGGCCCGGACGCUGCCAGCUGGUCGAGUACGAGAAUAUGCGCGUCCAUUUGGAUGGGGCGCACACCGUGGAGAGUAUACGGGUCUGCUGCGACUGGUACCAGAAGAGCAUCAGGCACAGUCGCAAUCCAAAUAUUUUGGUAUUCAAUCGCACGGGGGAUUCGGACACAAAGGCCAUACUGCAUGUGCUGCAGCAGGCGUGCCCCUUUGAUAUGGUCUGCUUUGUGCCCAAUCUGGCGACCGAUCAGCCCAACGAUCCCAACCAGGCGAACCUCCACUGCAGUCCCGAGGCGCAGCGACAGCGCGCCCAGAGUAUUGCCGCCACCUGGCAGCAGCUAUGCGAUUCCCAGCAGCAGCAGCAGCAGCAGCCGAAUCAUGGACAAAUGUAUAAUACGGUGUGGGAUGCGUUCGUUGCGAUCCGUACGCGUUAUCCCUAUCACAUUCAGCUGGAUGUGCUGAUAACCGGCUCCAUACAUUUGCUCGGCGCUGUCAUAACGGUACUUAACGAUUUCCAUUUGGAGGCGCCGCCAACGAAAAAUGGACACACCUGAUGCCCAGUUGGUAACGGGCUCGGUCGAUCGCCUGAUAUGUUAUUGGAAACUAUAUUUAUAGUACGCCCCUUCCCCUCCUAAACUAAGACUAGACACUUAAUACAUGCCCUUAUAUAUAUUUUGAUAUAUAUAUAUAUAUGCAUAUAUAUAUAUAUAUAUGUAUAUGUGUAUAUUUUGUAAACAUUUAACUGAUUCUUUCUAAGCACACUUCACUUCCAAAGUUUACACACGCUGGAAAUGCGAGAUUCUCGUUUUACCAAGAACAAGGCUUCUAUCGUAGGAAUUAUUGUGUCUAGCCAAUGAGUUUCCAUGGAAAUAUGUCUGAAACCUAUCUGAUUCAUUUCGCCAAAUAGUACUCCAAUUGAGCUAUGGUUUCUGAAUAGCCUGGCAAUUGCUCAGUGUGGCAACCCUGUUAGUAACUGUAACUCUAAGAUCUUACCUCGCUUUAUAUUUAAUGAUUUAGUCUAUAUUCCAAUUGAGCAAUGCUGCCUUAAUAGUCGGGCAAUUGCGCAAUGUGGCAACCCUGUUAGUAACUGUAACUUUUAGACCUAACCCCACUUAUUUUUUACAUUUAAUAGCCUAUGCAACGUUCUGUUUAUAUAGUAAAAUAGUAAAAAAUCG